UACCUGCAGUUUGUGUGAGCUUCGGCUCAUGCACUGUCUCAAUAUUUUCCUGUCCCACCACGGCCACUCUGGCUGGGUGGGCCUUAUUUUUUGCUGGUUGGGUGUCCUAACCCUAACCCUAGUGUGAGUAGUCGAAAAUGGAAAACUGUCUAUGAAUUCAUGAUCAGUCAAUCCAUGAUGCGAUUCGAUCGUGUGUUGAAUUCCGCUAGGAAGGAAAUUACAUCUGCAUACAGCUGCUUUCAGCAUGAGUCCAGCCAGCUGCCAGGAGUAAAUUCGUUCAUGGUUACAAGUCGACUGCCAUCCUACUUUAGGGUCUCAGUGAAUAUUCCCAACGGACUAUCGAUCAUGCCGCCGCCGGCCUAACACGCAAGCCUAGACAUACCGCCUCUAGAGAUGAUCUAGGAACACAAACCUAAAGAUCCUGAAGUUGCGCUACAACGAUCGGCCCGAGACUAAUGGAGUAUCAAGCUCGGUGAUCGCCUCUGUUUUUCAAACAGCCAGCGAGCGCAAAAUGAUGGAAUCCAUGCGGCGGUGACUAUGGUGGGGCGAGUGCGCUUGCUCAUGUCGUCCUGGACUAGCUCAAAAAAUGACAUUGUGGUCAACGGUAGACAGUUGCG